UAGGGGUUUUAGAGAAAUAAACAAAUGAUGUGAUGAUCUAAAUGAGGGAUGAGAGCAGAUAUAAUAAUCACGUAGUGUAAAUCUGCAGACGCAGAAACAGACUCAGGACAGAAACACACGACCUCUAAAAAUGGACCAAACUCUAUAUUUCGUUCUUCUUCUCAUUGCUCUCUGCUCCGUAUCUGAAUGUGUUCAGCGUCAGUAUCACUUUAUAAACGUGAACAAGACCUGGACUGAAGCUCAGAGAUUCUGCAGAGAGAAUUACACAGAUCUGGCCACCGCUGACAACAUCAACGACAUGAACGAGCUGAAGAAGAGUGUGAAUGAUGGAGGUGAUCAGUAUGUCUGGAUUGGGCUGCAGAGGACGGGUGUUGAUAAAUGGCAGUGGUCUUCAGGUGAACCUGCGCUCUAUCUGAACUGGGGAACUAGACAACUUAAUGGUGGAGAUGAGGCGUGUGCUUUAUUGAGAAAUGGAAAAUGGCAUGAUGAGUCAUGUAGUCAUAAUCAUCAUUUCAUCUGCAAUUCAUCUAACAGCAUGAACACAGGACUCGUCUUUGUCAAUGAGAAGAAGAACUGGAGAGACGCUCAGAGUUUCUGCAGAGAGAAUCACAUUGAUCUGGUCAGUGUGAGGAACCAGAAUGAGAAUCAACAGAUUAUCAAUGAUAAGCAAAUACCUAAUGAUGUCUGGAUCGGUCUGUUCAGAGACUCAUGGCAGUGGUCAGAUCAGAGUGACUCCUCAUUCAGAGACUGGGCUUCUGAUGAACCUAAUAAUCAUGGAGGAUAUGAAAACUGUGCAGUGAUCAGUCCAAACGCUCUGGGUAAAUGGAUAGACGACCCCUGCAGCAAGCAACUCCCUUUUGUGUGUCAUGAAGAUAAACUGAUUCUGAUCACUGAGACUCUGACGUGGACUGAAGCUCUGAGAUACUGCAGACAGAAUUAUACGGAUCUGGUCUCGGUUCAUUCAGUCCAGAUGCAGCGUCGUGUGAUGAAUGUGGUUAAACGUGCGUCUACUGAGGCGGUGUGGUUGGGUUUACGUCACUCCUGCACUGUGGGCCUCUGGUUCUGGGUGAGCGGAGAGACCGUGUGCUAUCAGAACUGGGCUCCAGGGAACGGCACAGGAGACGAGGACUGUGUGUCUGCAGUGAGAUCUGGAGCAGUUCAGUCUGGAGGAGAUCAGCGCUGGAUCAGCCGUCCUGAACACCACAAACUCAACUUCAUCUGCAGCAGAAAUGAAGACUGAAGGAGAUGUGUGUGUUCUUUCAUAACUGGCAAAUCUUCUUUUUUUUU